GGCGCGGGAUGGCGUCGGGAGCGCGCUACGCGGGGAAAGUGGUGGUUGUGACAGGGGGCGGGCGCGGCAUCGGAGCGGGGAUCGCCCAGGCCUUUGCUGAAAGCGGGGCGCACGUCGUCGUCUGCGACAAGGAUGAGUCCAGUGCCCAAGCCCUGGAGCAGCAGCUCCCUGGCGCCGUCUUCUUCCACUGCGACGUGACUCGGGAGGAAGAUAUGCGGGUGAGCGUGCCUGUCUACAUCCCACCACCCCGCUUCCAGCCACUUCCACCUCUCCAGCUGACUGUGGCACGGAAUCCCCCGGCUCAGCGGCUAGAGGACACCUCUGCCCAGGACUUCCGGCAGCUGCUGGAGCUGAACCUGCUGGGCUCCUACACCCUGAGCAAGCUCGCCCUCCCCCACCUGCGGAAGAGUCGGGGCAACAUCAUCAACAUCUCCAGCCUGACUGGAGCCAUCGGCCAGUCCCAGGCCUUGCCUUAUGUUGCCACCAAGGGCGCAGUCACGGCCAUGACUAAAGCCUUGGCCUUGGAUGAGAGCAAAUAUGGCGUCAGAGUGAACUGUAUCUCCCCAGGGAACAUCUGGACCCCACUAUGGGAGACACUGGCCGCCUCCUCGCCAGAUCCCGAGGCUGAGAUCCUGAAAGCGGUGCUGGCCCAGCCCCUGGGCCGCAUGGGCCAGCCUGCCGAGGUGGGCGCUGCAGCCGUGUUCCUGGCCUCGGAGGCCACCUUCUGCACAGGCAUCGAGCUCCGCCUGACGGGGGGCGCGGAGCUGGGGUACGGGAGCAAAGCCAGUCGAGACACCCCUUUGGAGGUCCCCGCGCUUUCUCCUGCCUUCCCGCGGCAGGCUCCGGCCUGUACCACCCACCCCCAGGUGCAGCCUCCUGCCCCGGAGACCUGAAGCUGGCUUGGGAAGGUCCAUCACCCUGCAGCACCCCGCCCCCCAGGUUCUCAUCAGAGCUGCUUGAACUU